AUGGUAUCUUCAUUAGAUAUUUAUCGUCAUUUACUAUCAUUCAACGAACAAUUUUUAUUCUUUCAACUUCGUUUAAUUAUACGAUUAUUAUCAAAUUUAAAACGUUCUCAUUUGAAGAUAUCUUCAAAUAAUAAAGUUUGUCAAGCAUUUGUUAUUUCAUCAAAUCAAUAUGGAUCUUUUCGAGGAAAACAAUCAAUAACUCGUUCAAAUAGUCUGAUUUCUAAUGAACAUUUUAUCUUAGCUAAUAAACAAGUUGCAGAUUUCUCUAAUUGUGAAAUAGUCAAUUUAACUAUUAAUCAUUAUUCAAAUAUAAUUGAAAAUUCUCAAUAUCAACAAACUAAAACGCAUCUAUUAGAACAUUACUUAACAACAUAUAAUCCACUGCAAAUCGAUUUAAAUAAUACCGAUAAAGAAACUAUUACAACAUCAAAUAUCAAGGGCAUUACUUAUGAAGAGAUACCAAGUGAAACAGACACUCAACCAAUAGAUAAUUGUUAUCCACUUCAUUGUACAAAUAAACAUAGAUCAUAUCGAACAAAAAGAUAUGUUCGACUUAAAGAGCAAGAAAACUGUUCAGCAACGAUGAGUAUUACAGAUGAUCAUUUAUCGGAAUGUAGUACAAAACUAACUAGUAUUGUAUUGCCCACUGUUAUGAUAACAGAUUGUUCUGAUAGUAAACGUUUACAUACUGAUAUUAUUGAAAUGAAUGAAGAAGAAGACUAA